AUGCAUGAUAUGAAUUCUCCUAAUAAACUACAAUCUGAUCCGCCAGAUAUUCGGUACUCUAGUUCUCCGUUUACAGGAACACCUUCUAGGGUAGAUCGUUCAAGAGAUCGUUCUAUUGAACGAUUUGGUACAAGAUCAGUAGUUAGUGAUAUUGUUAACGACCGUAAAGAGCGUUCUGCUCACUCCAGUAAAUUGAGUAUUCAGUCAUCCCCAUUAGCUGAAAUAAAUCGUAGAAAUGAACAAUUCAAGAAAUUAAAUGAUAUCAGAUCGGCCCGUAACGAUGAUAAGAGCAUGCAAAGACGAGGUGGGUUAGAUAAAAUGGAAGAGUUGGUAAUGGAUGGAGAAAAAGCCAUUGAGGAUAAAAUACUUCAUAAUAAUGCUACAGAACAUAGUAUAUCAGCUGAAUUGGUUGCUGAUUUAGAGAGAGAACAACAAGAAGAAAUGGAACUGUAUGAUGAUGAUUUACUGGCAUUCAUAGAAGAGAAAGAGCAUUGGGAACGAGAAUUGGAAGAAAUGAUGGCAGAAUUUUCUCUCACAUGA